AGCCCCCAUGACGUCACUGGUUCAAGCGGACGCCAUUUUGAUUAGAUAGUGGAAGGAGUUCACUACGGUAGACGAAUUUGUAUUAUGACAGACAAACAGGGUCAUAUUUUUCAGCACUAUUGUACCAAUGAGUGCUGAAGAUAACUAAAGUUAAUAUGGUGCUGACCAGCUGACGAAGUGCCAAAGUAAGGACCAGAGAUGGAUGUCAAAUGAUUUUGGAGUAUUACCUUACACAGCUUGUUGAAUUCAUCCCCAAGAUGUUGAGCCUGGCGACAGGAGGGUCACAUGAUAAAGCAGAGUGGUGGCCAGAAAAUGCUUCAUUGGAACAGGUGCCUGAUUCCCAAAUAUCAAAUGAGAAUGACAGUGGUUCUGUUGAUGCGUUGAGACAGAUUGUGACAAAGUGCUACCAGUAUUUGGGUCGUGCUGAUCUUUUGAAACCAGAACACAAGCCAGAGAUGGAUGAAUCUUGUCAGCUGGAAACAUGUGAAUCAAACAGAAUUGAAGAAAAUGAGGAGCAUGCUCAGGCUGUGGAUGAGCUGAUGGACUUGGAGGUUGAGGAAAUAGUAGAGAGUGAUGCCAGCGACAGCAGCGAUGAUGAGAUUGUCAUUUACAGUGAGGAGAGCGACAUUGAUGAAAUUAAUCUGGAGGUGCAGACCACAACCACUGGACCAAUGUACCUUAUAGGAAACAGUAAAAACUUUAAAUCUCAUUUUGAAGUUAAAACUAAUCCACCCAAGCCUAAACUUCUAGGACCUAAAUGUGCCCGAAGACUGUCUGCAGUGCAGCAAGCAUCUACAAAACUGCAUACAUCUCCAGUACUGCAUCCAUCUACUGUACCACGCACACUAACUAAGAUUGAAUUUUUAAAUACUCUUGGGUUAAAGACAACAAGCCAGCAUGAACGAGAUGAGAUGGUCAUAAAGAAAGAAGUCAACAUUAAUUGUGAUGUUUUGUCUGUUGAUGAGUUUGACCAGCAUCAAAUUUGUUCGCCGAGGUCGUCGAGAACGUUAAUAUCUCAAAUGAGUCGUGAUCUGGAGAAUUGUCCGAGGAAACGACUCAGCUUCAGUGCAUUGGAGUAUGGCCACUGCGAAGGAGACCAGCUCGAGGACUGCACGUCGCAGAUACAAGGCUGUCUUCUUCGCAUCCCAUUCAGCUCUCACCUCGGGAUGAGGCUCAAGAAACACAUGCGGGGGGAGAAUACUCUGAACAUCAUCUACAACCCUGCUGAAUACUGCGGCACCGCGCCCAGGCCGGAGUUUACCGACAAGCUCCGAAUUCGACCGCAGGACUUCCCAGUGACAUUCAAACGGAGGAAACGGGGUAUUCCAAAACACUCACAUGAAAUAAAAUUCUCUAAGGCGGACAAGAAAAAGUUCCUGAUACGCGUCAAAACGGGUCUAACUGAACGCAGUCGGCGGUUGAAGAGAUUGAUGAAAAACUGUAAAGUGGUGCUGAACCGCGUGACGGACGACGAAAUAAAACAGUGGGCCAAGCCCAUGUUUCACGACAACACUGUGUGGACUAUAGAUGACGAUAUUUCUAUUGUUGCUGUGGACAUUCCGAUGUCAAACAUCAACCGACAGUCCACGCAGCAGCAGCAGAGUUUGAGCCGUGUGUACAGACCACCUUUAGGACGCACUAUGUUAAAUCCUGCAGUCAUGAAGCCGGUGCUUGGCAAUGUACUUGCCGACAGACGAAUGCAAUGCUUAAUGUCCGAACCGAGACCAUGUUUUUUGGUGAAGAAAGUGGAAAAACAGUUUAACGCAAACAACGGGGACACAUCGUCAAAGAUGGUGUAUGUACCUGUCUCACAACACAUAUCGAUGCCAGUCAGCAAAGCUGAAAGUUUGGUGGCAAGGAGUGAAAAUGAAAAUGCUCCCAUUGGUCUGAAUCAGGUACAAGGUAGCAAUAGGAGGAAGCAAAACUUCCAGGUGCGACAAGAUCUUGAUGAUGAUGGCAUUUCCCAUAGAAAACUGCAUGGUAAUCAUGAGGCUGAGAAUAAGAUAAAUCUCCUGAAAAACAAGUUGCAGAGUGAUACUUUUCAGCCAUAUCAAUCCACACUGCCUAAAUCGUACGAGAAGCUGCAGAGUGCACUGAAAAAUGUGUUGGUGAAAACAUCCGGUGCUGUUCAGGGUAUUAACCACAUGAAUGGUGAUCACAGUGUAUUGAGUGCUGCUAGUACAUGUCAAAAUAACUCUCGGACUAUGUCGCCCAGUGAUAGGACAAGUCACAUAAAUCAUCUGGCGGCAGAAGUUGACGAUGAUCUGCCGAAUGAAUCAAGUCACAGUCUGAAGAUCUCUUCGGUGUACAGUUUGAAGACGAGUCCUAGUACAAUUAUUCGCAAAGAGCUUGGCAGAAUUGGCUGCAUUUCUUCUUCCAUCGACGACGACCAUGACUGGCCACAGAAAGUGGUCAAAGGUGAUCAGUGUAAAGCAUCUGUUGUGUCGAACUCCAGUGUGAAACUCUCCAAUUGUACAAGUCCUGUUUUACCCAUCAUAGACAAACGUCCUGUUAGUGAUGAUGACGACGAUGACUGCAUUUGUGUUGGUGAAAUUAUUACAAUAGAUGAUGAUGACUGAUUUAUGACUGCCAGUCUAUAAGCAUGUGUGUUAUAUGUAACUUAAUAAGGCUGUAGUUUUGUUUUAGGCAAACUAAAACAGCUGGGACCAUCUUUAUUGUAGUUUUAUGAAUAUGAAAAAAACCCAACUACAAUAAGUUACCUCAAUUUACAUUAUUUGUCAGUAUUGCUUAACCUAAUGUUAAGUUACAAGAGAUUUAUUGCCUUUCAACACUUUAAACUUCUUUUGAGGUGGGCAUAAUUUAUUAAAAAUUAGGACAAAGUAAAACCAUAAUUAACUUAAAGGGACACACCCUAGUUUUCACAAAUAAAAUUGCAAUUUACUUGCCGUUUAUUAUUUAGAAUAUACAUUUCCAUUCACCUGAAGUGUUUUUUGGUAAUCCUGGUGUUUGUAAUACCA